AUGUGCAUGCACCAGUGCCUACUGUCUUGCCUUUUAAAGCAGAAUUUCGUGCCGAAAAUGUGAUACCUAACUUGCCUCCGUGUGCAGCUUUUCUUUUUUUUUCCUAGUUUAGUUUUUAAGUUAUUUUCGAUUUCCAGAGAAACUUGUGCGUUUAAAAAUUAUACUAAAAUAGGCAUUUUUAGAAUGCGCGCAUAAUUUCUCUCUGGAGUUGUCUCUUCUUGUGAUCUUGCGCUAUCAUAUCUCUCCGAGUUUCACUUGAUCCUAAUGUACUUCGCAUUUUGUCAGAAAAAAAAGCAUAAUUUUCGCCUCCAGAAUUUCCCAUCCCAUCAAAUGUGAUAUCAGAAUUUUUUGUGAUUUCUUGCCUUUUAUAUGCCAAUCGUGCCUUUCUCAUUUCAAAAUCCCAUCCCACACAUAAUAUUGUCUUGAUAACGGGUAUUUCACGCCUUUGUUCUAUUUUCAAAAAAUUUUCUGUAUUUUUUCAAAUAAAAUAUCAUCUUAGGUUUCAAGUGGAAAUUUUUGUUCAUGCAAAUAAAAUUUAUCAAGCUUUCAAAUUUGUUUCUGUGAAUAUAUUUUUUUAGCUUGUAAAAUUAUUAGGAACGUUUUUUUUUGUUGCGAAAUUGAACAGGUGAUUUGUAGAAUGACUUUGACUUUCUUUUUUUGGACUUUGCGCCUUCACCUGUUGAAUCCUGCAUGAGACAGCAAAUAUAGUAAUUGAUUAGUCAAAUUGCUUAGGAUUUCUACAGGAAGAAAAAAAUAUAAAACUUCAAAGUUAGAAUUUUUUUCGGGAAACUCAAGCAAACAAUUUAAUUGAUUAAUAUCAUGUCAGAACCGUCAAACGAGAUGUGUAAUUUCAAGAUUUUCAGAUUGUUUUGAUUAUCCUGAUGGACUGCUCAUCCGUGAUUUUCGAAAUUCUGAGGGCUUCGCUGAUAACGAAAAAGCCGACGAGACGUGUAAUUAGGCGGUGCCAAUAAUCGGUGAUUAAAGGCUCCUCCCACACGAAAGCUGCCCCUCGGCAGGAAAUGGCUUCCGAGCAACGCCACCUUCCAAUUCGCUGACUCGUGAGCUUUCUUUCACUUACAAAGUCUAUCUACUACAAACAGUUGAUUUCAAGUUACCAUUUUUCCAACAUGCGUGAAUAUCGGCGCGAUUAGGUCGAACAGAUACAGCUUCACAGUAAACUAGUUAGAAGCAAAUAAACUUCGCUCAGCAUUCAUAAAUUAGUAGAAAAUUGACAUUUUGCAUGGUCCUUUUAAUCUCGCGCCAUAGAUAAUUAGGCGGCGAAUGCGAAAUUUCGCCCGUGGCGGUAAUUACGAGGACCCAGGCCGCAUUCAUUUACAUUUUUUCGCGAUAAUGGCUGUUGGUUGGACGCGAUUGUGUCCGUGUGUGGGCAAGUCUACAAAUUGAGCACAAAAUGCUGCGUAAUGAGCUCGCGACGAGCUGGACCAAAGCCACACGCGCCAAAAUUAGCCAAAAUUGCUGUGCUCUUCGCAGUCCUUUGGCCCGCACUUCUACGUAAAUCUCAACGAUAUCCGCUUUCAGACUCUUUAUUAGCUCAUUUAUUCAUUUUUCUUAGUUUUAUCUUCUCUCUAUUCGCCUUAUAGAAGCUAGCAAUUUAAAAUUGAUUGGUAUAGAAACACUCGGAGAAACGGUCGCCUUUGUAACACAUCUCCGAGCAAUUUUAUCUCAAAUGUUUUCCAUUUAGUUUUGCUAGCUUAUGUUAAUGUUCCAUAAAAAUUUUAGACGCAAGCUCAAGAACUUUCACAGAGUGUCAAAGACGACCAGAAUUACUUCAAAUGGUCCUAUCAAUUCUACUUUUUCUCCUCCUUUCUAACUUCAACUUCACUAGUUCCAAUCAUCCUGCGAGACACUGCGAAAAAUGAUUGGAAAAUCAAAUAUCAGCGAAAUUUUCGAUGACGUCCUGUUCGAUAUUUGUCAUGUAGCCAGAGGAAUUUUACGACGGCCACGUUUCCAACGAAUCCUUUUUCGACUUCUUAUUCUGAUAACGUCCUCGUUCUGAAUGUCCUCAAAACAAAUCAUAGAAUGAGAUCAUAAUAGAAGAACUCAAGGAUCAGGAUCAUAAUGGAGGAAAAAAGGAAGAAAAUAAAUAGUUGAAAAGUCAAAAGUCAGGAAUGUUGUUGUCUAAAAGUUUCCCAGCGAUAUGGAAGCGGAUAAGUUUCUGUCGCAAAAUUCGCGGAUCUUUAAUUCGUACGAUCAACAGUUGUACACAAGUGUACGAUAGCUUUAGUUCGAACAAGAUUCGACUUCAAUGUUUGAGCUAGGGAAUCCGACGACGCAUUUGUAUGUAAUCGGUGAACUGAUGCGCGUUUCCGGAAAACGUCCGGUCAUAGCUUGGAUAUCGUUUCGAUAAAUGAUGAAUCUCAAAACAGGACUCUCUUGCCCAUGCACAAUUUCAGUUAGGGAGAAGAAGUUUGUUUCGGGCGACAAGUUAUUUGACGUUUAUAAGACUUUUCUGAUUGCCUCGAGGUGUUUUUGGUCUUUUUUACUCUAUUCCUUCUUAAUUUCGCCUUAAAUUUGUGAUUCAUAAUAAAUCAGAAAUUCUCCUAGAAACUGUGAAAAAUUUUUUUCUAGGAGCUCUACUGUUCUUUCUAUUAUUCUAGCUUCUCUUAGAAACAUGAAUAUCGCAACAUUCUAAAGAGAAUCAAUCUGUUCGGAGCUUUGGAUUAUUCGGAAGUAGGUUGAAAACACUAAUUGAUCCGCUAGAUGAAUAACCUCGAACUGGACAGCACCUUAAAAACGGUUGAGACUCACAGGAUAUCAUACAACUAAGAAAGAUUCCUCAGACAGUCUUCAGAAAAGUAGGAAAAUAUUAUAUAACUUUCAUUUUCAGUUGUUAAUUCCUUGCUCAUUCCAAAAAAUAGUCAGUAGUGUCUUCCGUCAUUGCGACUCUCAUCGUAUGACCUCAAGGUCUGAUAAUUGCAGAAGCGUGGGCUCUGUACAAUGCGAGAAUUGCGUCAGAAAACUCUUCCGACAGGCCAGGAUGUCAAAUAAGCGGCGAAAUAUUGGAGGAUGCGAUUAAGAAAUUGCCUAAUCUUGCCAUGAGGCGAAUGUAUUCGGGUCGCCUUGGCUACCUCUCAGUGAAUAUGAAGAACCGGACCCAUCUCACUCCGCCUCUCCUGCUCAACAUCUCAUUCGUUAAUUUCAUUUUCCCGAGCAGCGGGCACAGGUCUCACGAGUCUGAAAUAAAAGGGACGGCUCUAGAAAUUUCCUUUCGGUGAGAUUAAUGAUGAAAAAAGGACUCUCGGGAAAGUAGUCGACAGGAAAUUGGCCAGGGCGAAAAAUGUAAAACGAAACAUCCUGGCCGCCGACAUUCGAUAUGAGUGAACGUACUCUUAAUAAAAUUUUUAUGCUCACUGUGGGAAACGCGUCUAUUCCUCCAUUAUUUGCCCACGCUUCGACCAAUCGCUUGGCCCAGCAAGGUUCUAACUUCCAUCGCACGCGCUAAUUGAAUAUUUUCCAUCACACGGCUGGUCCCGAUCUCCAAAAACGUGUCUAAAUAAUUAGUAAUUGUAAUCAAUUUGUUUUUCCUUGCCUCGGCCUGCCUAAUUCCGCGCUUGCCUACACAUUUUCCUAAGUCGACAGGUGAUAACGAAAUUUUUUCUCAAUUUACUCAUCUCCCCGUGACACACGUUUCUUAGUGAUUUUGACUUUUUUUUUUCGAUUGGUGACUUAAUUUCUCGUAAGGAUCGCAUUUGUGAUAAGCAGAUAGUUAGACACGUCUCAUGCAAUCGUCGCCGUCGACUAUAAUUAUCGAUUCGCCGUCUCUGCAUAAUUAUGCGCGCAUCUGAGACGAAUUAGAGAGAAUCGUCGGGCGAGUCUGACUGGGCCAAUUAUCGAUCCAUCAGUCCUCGGUAAUUUACUUUUCUCGUUCCACCACUUCUUCAACUUUUUUCUUCGUGUUGCUAUCGGUGUCCUCUGACUGAAGCUUCGAACUCCCUCUAAGAGAUCAAUCGAUCCCUCGUGUGAUCUCCUUCCGUCCCGAAGUUGAGCUAUCUCAAAGAGGAAAUCCAUCAGUUUUCAUAGUUUCAGCUCGCAACGAAUUUUUCGAUUUUCUCAUCGAAAAUCGCUUCUUGUCGGCAUCAAAGUACAUAAAGCCUUCUCGAAACACUUGCUCAGCCUUAUCAGAAGUAGUACUCCGUAGUAAUUGACCUUCUUUGUCAAAGGUGCCAAACCUUAACGCCGAAUUUCGAGUGCUCAGAGAAAUCUAUAUGUCUCAAUUUUUCAUAGGUUAAGGGCGAUCGUUUGUCUUCUGUUAAAAAUUAAAUUAGACGUUAAGAGAAUUAUCCCAAAAGGAAAACAACAAUCAAUUUUUGCCUAAUAUGUUUCAUCAAAGUGGAUAAUGAUGAGGAAAAAAAACCAAUUUUCUAAGAAAUACUAAGGAUAUUGAUGAACUUAAAAGUUAACACAGCUUCACAGAGUUGUAAAUAGCCUUCGUUUCGAUUGAACUUGAAUAGACCAAAAACGAGCCUAAUUCAAUAAAAUAGUUUGUUAAAACAGAAAGCUGAUGAACGAUAGUUACGGUUUGACCCUGUGAUUUGUGGCGUUGAUUCGCUUUGUUGGCAGUCGGCAGUUGUGAGCGGAGGGCGGCCUAAUUAUCGAUCCAUCGGCUCGCCAAUUAACACACCGGGUUCCUCGAAGCUCUCGAGCUGUCCUCAGGCUGGCCUGUCCAUAUUUGCCUCUGUCAUUAUGAGCCGCACCUUUAUCCGCUGUUUACCUGUUCAUCAUACCCCUUUUUAUCUCGUCCCCUUCCAAUCUUUUCCUUUUUCUUCCAUUUUUUAUCGUAGAAGUUUUUUUUGGCUAAGCAGUCCAAGUUUCAAAGUUUUUUUUCCAUUCGAAUUCAUCUUGGCUUUUCUCAAAAUUGAUACUGGUCCAAAGGUAUUUUUUACUGAAUUUUCUUCAGAAAAUGGAUUUUGCCCUCCAUCACAAAAUCGUCUAGUUCAAUGAAGAAAAAAAGUAUGUUAUUUUUUUAAAAAAAUGUAUCAUACGAAUCUCCAUUAGUUGAUUAUUGUUUUUAUUUUUAUUUCACAUGUAAGAGGACACUUUUUUAAUAAGAAAAGCACCGAUUUCGACAUCAAAAAGGUCUAAACUUUUUCUAGAAAGGCCUGUUAGUCGAGUCGUUUGAGUACGAAAUAUAAACUUUGAUUUUCUUUAAAAUUAAUACUGUAUUUUUCAUAAAUUUUCAAAAAAUCCUUUUUUUCUCACGUCAGAUUCCUUCGCUCUUUUCUAUUGGGACGUUUUUUUUUGUUUUUCUUAUAAAUUUCACAAUCCUUUUUUUACGUUUGAAAAAAAUUAUCUGCUUCAGCAUUUCUCAUUCUCAACGCUCAUUUUACAACUUUCCUCCGCAAACUAUUCGGAACAUCCUUAAAAGACCGUUUUUGCAGUGAUCAUGUACAUCCUAAUCAACUUGGAGCGGCACAAACCGAUGAUGGGCGACAUCGUUUCCCACUUGGUACGAGGGUAUUCCAUUUCUAUAAACAAGCAUAGCAUCACCUUUUCACGUUUUUCUUUUCGUUCGCGUGUUCACAUCAAACAAACAAAAAACAGAGACCUUUCUCAAAGAAUCCGUUGAUUUUUUUGAUCGGAAAAAAUAAGUAGGCUUUCUCAAACAACAUAAAUCGCAGGUGACAAACUACGGAGUGCCUCUGUCGAUCGUCGACUCCGUUGAGAAGCUGUGUCCGAACUGCGGCGUCGGCAAAGCCUCGACAGCCAAGGAGAAGCUGGAGGACUCCAAAGACACGCCCCUCGUUCUCCCGCAUUCCGCUCCCAGAAAGACACCGACCCCUCCAGCCACCACGUGCUCUCCUCAUUCGGAUCGUCCUGUUUCUGUCAAGUCUGUGAGUAUUGCUCAUGUUACAGCCGUCGUCAGUAUUUUCGUCCGAAUUUAAGCGAAAGUUUCGCACAAUUUUCAUUUUUACAAAUUAUUUUGAAUAAUUUUCCAAACGUUCGCAAUGUCUAAAUUCUCAUCGGUUCCAGGGUUUUUUUUAUUUCUCUUUUAAGAAAAUAAAAAUGUUUUUCAUCUUGUCAUUUUGGAGUCAUUUUGGAGUCAUUUUGGAGUCCCUCAAACUGUUUAUCUCUAAAUUUCUUCGAUAUUUUCGACCAGCUGUCAUGGGAUCGAACAUCAUUAUUCAUUAUGUCAGUUUUGUGUCAAUGUUUCCAGAUUUUCCAAAUCCGGCUAAAACCACCUUUUAAGUAAAAAAUAACCUUUUCUUCAAAUAUGCACAUCUCCUACCGUUCUUCUCAACGGAAGAGACUGGUUUUCAAAGUUGUAAAAAGCCAUGUUCAUUUUUUUUCUGAAUUUAAAUGUUUGCCUUCUGAAGGCUUCAGUUUUGGCUUCUUACUCACAAUAAUUGAAACAGUGGAUUGCAGGAAGUUCGUUGUGAAGAGUUCGACGAAUGGAAACCGUCGUCGUCGGUCUCCGGCUCGGCGACGCCCACCAGUCAUCGCGUCAUCGAGAGCGCCAUCGCCCAGGCUCUUCAAACCAAGUUUGUCGACUUCCGUCCAUUUUUGGGCCACUUUCAAUUAUCCCCGAGUUGUUGUUCAACGUCGCUAAUCUUUGUAGCUCUCUUCUGCAAAGUGUCGCCAGCGAUGAGGGAUCGUCUUCCAGCGUCAUCGAUGACGAGGAAAUGGCGAGCUUUUCUUCUUUCCGAAUAUACUCUCAAAGGGAGACGAAAAUUUGAAACUCUGAGUUCAAAAAAUAAUCAAUCAAAUUUAAUACAUGGGGUUUCAUAUCAUAGAUGCUGAUUAACUGGUUCAAAAGUCGCGUUUGAGUAAUAGUACCAGAAACAGUCUUUCGCCAACUAGAAGUCCAAAAAGGUUCCAGAGAAGUGGAAUUUCUGAUCUAACGGUCUUUUUUCUUUUUCUGUAUGUAGUUCAACCAUCAGACGAAAAGCUCGGCUAGGAAAACUUUGAAGCAUGAGCUCAUAAUUGAAAGUUUGGAUGAAGAGCUUUCAGCUCGAUUGAAGGUUUCCAUUUUCAGAAAAGGGACCCUGAAAAUCCGCUAUUUAGUUUUAGUUAUUUACAAAUCGUAAGCCGCUACUCCCUGACCUCACUUAAUGACCUCAUUUCGAAAACGAGAAAUACAGGAGUAAACAUUUUUUUUAUACAUUUAUUUAAUUUAUGCGAAAAAUUGGAAGAAUAGGAAGAACCUGUAAAAAUUUUUUUAAAUCAAUUUUUUUCAGUUAAAGUGUCAUUAUUUCAUAUAAAUUUAAUGGACUUUUUUAGUUCGUUUAAUCAUGCUAUAAAAUGUCUCAUCUUUCUUUUUCCUCACCAGGGAAUGGUCUCAGCUCACAGUGAGACUUCUGAAUGAGACCAAUUUCACUAGAUGUAGUUUUUCACGCUGAUUCCAAAUCUGCUUUCAAAAGUUGCCCAAUACGUCUGUGAAAAAAGUUAUGGACCCUCAAAAGUCGAAAAUUUCAGUGUCUCCGAUUGAGCUCAUUUUUGUAGGGUAUGUAGAUCUUGUCCCUUUGGUCACGAAAAACCAUUGAAAUUUUCUCAAAAAAAUUUCGCAGCCCAGAUAUGAUCUUUCAAAGCCCCGCCAAACAUAAGAGAAUGCGCGCGCGGUGUGGUAUUGCUAGCCGGCGACCGUCGAAGCAACGGCAACAAGGAGCAGUGGAAAAGCGGCGGACUGGGGAGCACGAGGUCAUAGGUUCGGUCCCCGUCCUCUGCAAAAUUUUUUUGCAAUCUUUCCUUUUUUGGAUAAUUCCGUCUAACUGCUCCUUUCUUGAGUUUUGAAGCGUAGAAUUAUGAGAAAACUUCUUUUUCAACCUUUAUAAACACCUGGACUUAUUUUUUUGUCAAAAAAAUUUUUAUUCAUGAAAUUUUUUUCGUGAUUUUUCCAUGUGUAUGAGCAUGGGUUGGAGUAUGAAAAUUUUUCGAAAAAAAAAUUUUUUUGCAAUCUUUCCUUUUUUUGGAUAAUUCCGUCUAACUGCUCCUUUCUUGAGUUUUGUAGCGUAGAAACAUGAGAAAACUUCUUUUUCAACCUUUAUAAACACCUGGACUUAUUUUUUUGUCAAAAAAAUUUUUAUUCAUGAAAUUUUUUUCGUGAUUUUUCCAUGUGUAUGAGCAUGGGUUGGAGUAUGAAAAUUUUCGAAAAAAAAUUUUUUGUUUUUUUCUGUUUCAAAAGUUGACUGGUCCAAGUAAUCAUGACUACGCUGUCAAAACUCACAGAAAAAAAUUUUCCAAAAUUUUCCACUUCCAAAAAGAUCUUUUUAGGUGGCAGUGAUUUAUACGCGAUGAUUGCCUUUUGUCGGAAAAAAAUUUAGUCCCGAAAGCAAAAGAAGGACAAUGCUCAAAAAGUAAAGCCUUAAAAAGUUAUAUUUUUUUAUUAUUUUUGAAAUUUUACUCUCGACAAAGUCUGACUGGAAAGGAAACUUUCACUAACAUCAUUGUAAUGAAUUUAUUCAGGAGAUUACGGUUCUAGUUGUAAAAAUUUAGUCACUAGUAAAAAGUGCUUCAAAAAGUUUUUUUCAGCAAAAAGCUUAAAAAAACUUGCAUUUCUUUCAUUCUCAUAGAGCCGUAUGUGCGCGUUGAGGUCUGAAAAAAACCAUGAAAAAAAAUUUUUUUCUGUGAGUUUUGACAGCGUAGUCAUGAUUACUUGGACCAGUCAACUUUUUGAAACAGAAAAACAAAAAAAUUUUUUCGAAAAAUUUUUCAUACUCCAACCCAUGCUCAUACACAUGGAAAAUCACGAAAAAAAUUUCAUGAAUAAAAUUUUUUUGACAAAAAAAUAAGUCCAGGUGUUUAUAAAGGUUGAAAAAGAAGGUUUUCUCAUGUUUCUACGCUACAAAACUCAAGAAAGGAGCAGUUAGACGGAAUUAUCCAAAAAAGGAAAGAUUGCAAAAAAAUUUUUUUUUUUGCAAUGUUUUUUUUUGCAAAAUUCCGUUUGUGUUCAGUUAUUCAGAAGAGAUCAUUCAGUAGUAUAAUUAGAUAUAAAAAAUAUUUUCAUAUCUGACAGAAGUUUUCAAGACUAAAAUUGAUUUUCGUUUUACUCCUGUUUAUAUUUUUGUGGAAGUGAACUUUUUUGAUUGAAACUGAAAACGUGUAGUUGUUUUUUAAAAGAAAAAAGCUUAUCAAUUUUUUUUUAACUUUUUGUAAUUCUCCUUUUUCAGGCAAACAACCUCUGCUUGAAUCCCGAACUUUUGGCCUCGUUCAUCUCCUCUACUCCCAGUAUUUUCUCCACAAACGGCACUUCUUUCGACUUAUCGCAGAGUAUUUCUCAGAAGGUUAUAUCAGAAGUUUGGUUUUUUGUUUCAAAUUCGGAGUUACAGAUCAAUUGCUGCAAUGGCGCAAAGAGAGAACUCCCUAAAGCACGUGAGUAACUAUAAAUCCCUUUUCCCGAAACCAGCCUUCAAGUCCUUCAUCAAUAAUUUUCUCGUCGCUUUUAUCUCUUAAAUGUUAUCAACCAUCCUUUCAUAUUUUUUCCCUAUAGUUAUGUUCAAACUUCUGAGAUAUCAUUUUUUUUUUUCGAAAUUCUUGUGUUCGGAAGCCUCUUGAAGCUUCUUCUUCUUGCAGACGAAGUCAACGGGAAGGUGCGGCGUGGAAGGAUUGUCUACACGCAGAAAGAGCUGGUGUGUCUGAGCUAUAACUAAAGAGACAACUCGGAUCUGUUUGAGGACAUCCUGGAAAAGUACUACAACGAGGACGCCAACGCCUGUGCGGACCCUGUCAAGCGGCGGCAGCUCUGCUCCAUUCUCGAAGUCGACUAUCACAGGGUACCGCCAUUUCUCUCAUUUUAGACUUCCUCUGCACUAAUAAGUUUUUUUUAAUGUGUAUAUUCAUUUUCUGUGAGACUAAAAACGGCUCAUAACUUUUAACCUCUAAUGAUUUGAUGUUUUCUUUUAAUUUCAAAAAAGCAAUUUGUCCAAAAAAUCGGAGAAGCAAAACCAUUCAUUGAAUUUUUUUGCUGCGGAGACAAAAAAAGAGGCCAGACGCCUGGUAAAAAUCUUGUCUUUCCAGCAGUCUUUUGGCUUCACUUUUCUAUUCCAGCUGAAAGUUUGGUUCCAAAACCGGCGACGAAAAGACAAACUUCGGACGAUGAACGACGAAGAAAUGAACAGCGCGGCCCUUCACGAGACCCUCUCAUCUCUCCUCUGA